GCGGCGGCGGGACGACAGAGACUCGGACGCCGCGGCGGCGCCCCUGCAGGACGCGGAGCUGGCCCUGGCCGGCAUCAACAUGCUGCUCAACAACGGCUUUAGGGAGUCGGACCAGCUUUUCAAACAAUACAGAAAUCAUAGCCCACUGAUGAGUUUUGGAGCCAGCUUUGUCAGUUUUUUGAAUGCCAUGAUGACAUUUGAGGAGGAAAAAAUGCAGUUGGCGUGUGAUGACUUGAAAACCACAGAAAAGCUGUGUGAAAGUGAAGAGGCUGGAGUCAUUGAAACAAUCAAGAAUAAAAUUAAGAAGAAUGUUGAUGUCCGCAAAUCCACUCCCUCUAUGGUCGAUCGGCUUCAAAGGCAGAUUAUCAUAGCUGACUGUCAGGUGUAUCUGGCUGUGCUUUCGUUUGUCAAACAAGAAUUGUCAGCUUACAUAAAAGGUGGGUGGAUCCUUAGGAAAGCCUGGAAGAUUUACAAUAAAUGCUAUCUGGACAUCAAUGCCCUUCAGGAGCUGUAUCAGAAGAAGCUAACUGAAGAGCCUUCGACUUCUGACACUGCAAAUGAUAAUCACAUUGUGGCUGAAGGGGUGACUGAGGAGUCCCUAAACAGACUGAAAGGUGCUGUUAGCUUUGGAUAUGGCCUUUUUCACCUUUGCAUAUCCAUGGUGCCCCCAAACCUGCUCAAAAUCAUCAAUCUGCUGGGGUUUCCUGGAGACCGCCUGCAGGGGCUUUCUUCACUGAUGUAUGCAAGCGAAAGUAAGGACAUGAAGGCCCCUUUAGCUACACAGUGCCUAGCAUAUGGUGGAUGCUAUUGUCAAAUCAACAGUGCCUUGACUUCUUUCCACACUGCUUUGGAGCUUGCAGUAGAUCAGAGAGAAAUUCAACAUGUCUGUCUGUAUGAAAUUGGUUGGUGCAGCAUGAUCGAACUCAACUUCAAGGAUGCAUUUGAUUCCUUUGAGAGGCUGAAAAAUGAGUCCAGGUGGUCACAGUGUUAUUAUGCAUAUUUGACUGCAGUCUGCCAGGGAGCCACUGGUGAUGUGGAUGGGGCACAGAUCGUCUUUAAAGAGGUUCAGAAACUCUUCAAAAGGAAAAACAACCAGAUCGAACAGUUCUCGGUGAAAAAGGCAGAGAGAUUCCGGAAGCAAACCCCGACCAAAGUGCUGUGUGUGCUGGCGUCCAUCGAGGUCUUAUACCUGUGGAAAGCCCUUCCCAACUGCUCCUUCCCCAACCUGCAGAGGAUGAGUCAAGCUUGCCACGAAGUGGAUGAUUCAUCUGUUGUUGGAUUAAAGUAUUUGCUUCUUGGUGCCAUUCACAAAUGUCUAGGAAACUCAGAAGAUGCCCUUCAGUUCUUUCAGCGAGCUGCUAAAGAUGAGGUGUGUCGUCAGAACAAUUUGUAUAUUCAGCCAUAUGCUUGCUAUGAACUUGGCUGUCUUCUAUUAGACAAACCAGAGACUGUAGGAAGAGGACGAACUCUACUUCUUCAAGCAAAGGAGGAUUUCUCUGGCUACGACUUUGAAAACAGAUUGCACGUCCGCAUCCAUGCUGCUCUGGCCUCUCUGAGGGAAUUGGUUCCUCAGUGACAGACCCGGAGUGACCCCUCUGUCCCUCCCCACCCAGGGUCUGCACUUUAAAAUAAAAGCAGAGGACAAAGCACUUGUGAAGAUCGACUUUUCUUCUGCAAACCACCUGUGCCAGGGACACAUUUUCUCAAUGAGGCUGACAUAUUAAAGAUCUCCUCUUUUAAACAUGUAGCGAGAUGUAACAAUGAUGAUGACAAUAACAAUAACUAACCACCUGGGGAGAGGGUUAAGUGACCUUGUUCCAACAUUUUAGUUUUGUGAUUUAUUAUUUUUAAAAUAAAAUCAAACUCAAUAUUUGUCCUGUGAUCUUGUAGGAACGCCUACCGUAAGCAGACAUCAGAAUGGGUGACGUGAAGCAGCACCUGUAAAAUUAUUAACAGUAUCAAGACAUAGCAUUUAUAUUGUGUUUUGAAAAAAUAAAAAUGCUUUCUAGCAUUUUAUUUUAGCCUCAAAAUAUGCCUAUAAAUAAUAUAGCACAGAUAUUCUUAUCUCCUUUCACACACAUUGAAACUCAGGCACAAAACAGCUAAUCCAAUUAAUUUAUCACUUAUAAAUAAUUUAUUACUUAUUCCAAUUAAUUAUCCCUGUUAUCAGUGGAGCAAUGAAUAGAAAACAGAUUUCCUAGCCACCAAUUAAAUAUUCUUCUACUAUAAAAUAUAUAUAUAUAUAUACACAUAUAGAUACAUACAUAUAUUAAUAACGCAGUAUUCCAUGGUUUACUUAUUUUAAAAAAUGCUCUUUGGUUGAAGCUUUGUUAUAAAAAAUAUUCACCUCCAGAUUGUCUACAAAAUGUUUCAAAGUAGACCUUUUCUUUCCUUCUCUAUGGGUUAGAUAAAUAACACCUAUAUUUUAGGAGUUUUCCCCUUUCUUUGUAAAAAUUGCCUAAUGAUCAACUUUUAGAAAUCUUUUUAAAAUUACUUGAAAAGUUAUUCUUGAAUAAAUAUGGGGGUUUUAUUUUUCUUUUUGCCUCAAAAUAGUUGAUGGUGAAGUAUUUGCUGGACUGUAUAUUGCCAGUAUUUAAUCAUUUUCCCCUUCGCUCAGGUUAUUAGAUGUUAUAAAAGGAAUUCAAAUUAUUUUUUUAUUCUUCAUUGCUUAUUUUUAUUGAUUUUAAUUUGCCUCCAUGCACAAUAUUGAACUCCUGGGGUUUUGAAGAAUCUAAAUACCUCAGUCACUUUCAAGAAUUUUUGCCAUAAUUAGGUUCAAUCUUUAGGUUCAAUUUUCAAAAAAUUUAUAUCCAGUAUCAUUCAUUUACAUAUCCUGUUGACUGAAGCACCAUCUCACAUGAUGUUAAUACAUUGAUAUUUAUAAAAUAAAAAGGAGAACAGCUAGAAUAUUGACAAAUUUAAUCUAAUUUAAUCUUAUGUUGAAGAAAUGAUUUCUUUGAAAGAAGUUUCUCUUUACUGACUUGGGCUAACCUAUGUUUCCUCAUUCUGUUAUGAAUUACUUUUUUUUAAAUUUUGUGAUCUAUUAUUUUUAAAUAAUAAAUCAGUGUGCUGUUUCCAAAGUAUUCAUUCACAUUAACUUCCUGAUGUAAACCCUGUAUGGAUUUUUAAUACCAGCAAGAGAGAAAAGAUUGCUUUCCUACAUUCAGGGAGUGAGUACAUCCAGAAGACAAGAAAAGAAAACUUUUCUGAAGAGAAAAAUUAGUGCCUAAAAACAUUGGGAGUCUGAUAACUGACAGGAAGAACAUUGUGAAUCUUUAAAGUAUGACUGUUGCCAUUUUUUUUCUCUUCUUAAUCUAUAGUAUACACAGCAAACAUUUAUGUUUUGACUGUGGAGCCUUCUGAAUCAUGAACUUCUUGACUCGUUCAUUCUUAUUUGAAUUUUCAGUUCCAAUAUUAUUCAAGCUAGUCUUCCGAAUUCAAAAAUUACAUAAAAUCUUAUGCUUUCAAUUUUUAAAAAAUAACUUAUGUGUACACUUAUGGCUUUAAAAGUUACUUUUAUUUUCCCAUAGAGAUUCCAGGAAUUCAAAUAAAUUUGUGUUCAGCUGACACUUAAUAGAUAACUGUGCAACACCAUUUACGAGAUUUUCUUUAGUAGUCAAAGCAUAGGUCUGUUAAAAAAUAGUCUCUCCCAGCCUCAGUUCAGAGAACCCCUGUGGCCCAUUUGUAUUAAUGUGGUCCACAAACAGUGGGUAGAUGAACAUUCUAAGGACACCAAAAUAAUAAAAGCGCAGUGUGAGUCCACAGUACUAUGAGGGUGGCUGGAAUCUGAGUACACUUUGAAUUGAGUGAUUUGUUACAGUUAUCUGGCCUACAUGCUGUGCCCCAUCCAACCUGUGAACUGACUGUGAUCUGCCUGGUGACUUGAUUCAGUAUAAACUGCUCUUUUCCCCUUGCUGAUGAAGAAAAUAAUCAUAUAAGUAGAGCUAUUUUCAUCUAUGUGUGCUUCUCUUUUAUGUUACCACUCCUUCCCCUUUCCUAAUUUGGAGGCUUUCAAAUGGAUCUUCUACUUUAUAAAUGUCAAAUAUAUUUUUGUAUUAGAUUGUGCCUAUGAUAAGAGAAAUCCCUAAUGUAUAUUUUAUGUAUGCUGAACACAUUUUUAUAAUUUGAUGGACUUGGAGGCAUGGUCUAGUAAUAAUGAUGUAACAUGUAUCUUGCUGGUUAAUAUAUUUAAGAUUUUACCUUUA